GAAAGGUUAACGUUUCAGGUCUGGUGACCCUUCCUCGGAACUUUACAGCAACGUUUUUUGUUCCCGACUUAGGGCAUGCAUAGCUUGGGCCUAUGCGUGUACCCGCGGCCACCCCCUUCGUCUGUAGGAAGUUGGAGGAAUCGCUCUGAUGAAGGGUCUAGGCCCGAAACGUCAGCUUUUGUGCUGCUUGGCCUGCUGUGUUCAUCCAGCCUCACACUUUGUCAUCCAGCUCUGUACCUUGUUAUCUCAAAUUCUCCAGCAUCUGCAGUUCCUACGGUCUCUUGUCUUUCAUUAGAUGCUAAUGCUCUUAUCAUUGUGAAUCUAUUACCUCCAAUACCACGGCUCUAUUAAGUGGCCUAAUGUACCUUGUUAAAAUCCAAAUGUAUUACAUUCACUGCUUCAUUUUAUUUACAGCUUCUUAUCACGACAAAGAAUUAAAAUACAUUUAUUCGGCACGAUUUCAGACAUCGGUCGGAGUAACCACAAGUUCGCGUCGCUGCCCCAAAUAGAAAUGGCGUCACCCCGCAGCGAACGUGAAAACCUGAUGGUUUUAUCAAGGGAUACAAUGCCCCGCACAAAUAUGGUAUUCCCAGAAGGGUCACCGGACCCGAAACGUUAACUCUGAUUUUUCUUCACAGAUGCUGCCAGAGUUGCUGAGCUUUUCCAGCAAUUCUUUUGUUCCUGAUUUACACUAGCUGCAGCUCUUUAGAUUUUUAUCCCCAGCUCAAGCCCUUCGUUGGCUCACGUGACCGCUCCAGUGUGCUGAUGUGUCUGCGAUCAGCUCGAGUUCCACCGGAAACUGGAGUCAGAGAGAAACCGGAACUAAAAACCAGGGGUGUGGGUGCCUGGUGGGACAUAAGACAGACCGGCAGUCGUGAAGACGAAGACCCGAGGGUCUGGGUGUGCUGAAGGCGAUGGGUCGUCGUGGAGCCCCCGAGUUGUACCGUGCUCCUUUCCCGCUUUAUGCUGUCAGUGUCCCACGGGCCGACCUGGUGGUGACCGCGGGCGGAGGAGGCGCCUCCAAGACCGGUAUCAGCAAUGGAUUGCAUUUCCUGCGUUUGGAAUGUGUAACGGGAGACCUUUCAGCAACACUUGUUCAUGCCCAUGACACGGAAACCCGAGCCACAAUGAAUAUGGCUGUAGCAGGAGAUAUUCUAGCAGUUGGGCAAGAUGCAACUUGUCACAUCUUGCGAUUCCAGGAAGGGAAAGAGAAGCCAGCAGGGAAUAAACCUGGUACAAAGGAGGACAAGAGUGAGGCUGAAAUUGCUCUGCAUUCUGGCAAUUCCUCAGUCAAGAAGACAGAAGCUAGGAAACGAAAGACUGGAAAUAAAAUGGCCGGUGAUGCAAGUGGGUCCCUGCGAAAUGAGACGCCAGAAAUGGUGGUAGAGUCACUUCAUGUCGUACGCACUGACUUCAGCACGGAUGCACUUCAGAAAACUGUCCGCUUCAAUAUGAAGCACUCCUUUCUCAUCACCGGGGGCGUGGAUGGCUUCGUUAGGGUUUGGGAGUUCCCAAGUAUGAAGAAAUGUUUUGAUUUCCGAGCUCACGAUGGGGAAGUUGAAGAUGUGGACAUCAGUCCUGAUAACAAGCUCGGAUGCAUUCUACCUAUCACCCCGAACCCUUACCCCCAACAAUUGCAGUUUAUCACAGUGUUUGACCCAGGGAUAGUAACUGUGGGACGAGACUUCAAAUGCUGUGUAUGGAAGAAUGACCAAUUGGUGACAGAUUUACGCUGGAAUGAGAAUAUGCCUCACAUUUCAGACAAGAUGUACCGGUACCAAGCAUGCAGGUUUGGCAAGGUUGAGGAUGAUAAGGACACCUUCCGUCUGUACACAGUGCAAAUCCCACACAAACGGGAACGCAAACCUCUCCAGUGUUACAUCAGCAAAUGGGAUGGGAAGAACUUCCUGCCACUGCUCACCAGUGAUUGUGGAAAUGAAGUGAUCUCUGCAAUGUCAGUCAGUGAUUUGGGGACCUUUAUUGGGCUUGGCACAGUGACAGGAUCUGUGGCUAUCUACAUUGCAUUUUCACUCCAGCGAGUUUACUACGUGAAGGAGACACAUGGAAUUGUCGUGACAGACUUGGCCUUUUUGCCUGAUGUGGAUCCAAUGAAGGAGGUGACUGGAAAAAACGAGGCAGCAUUGCUGAGUGUAGCCGUAGACAGUCGGUGUAAAGUACAUCUGUUGCCACGCAGGCAAAUGUUCCCGAUCUGGGUGGUCUUGCUGCUGUGUGGAUUGAUCAUCGUGCUUACAAUAGUCCUUCUGCAGCACCUAUUUCCAGGGCUGUUUUAAGCUAAUUUCUCUGGAUGAUGCUGCUACAGUUUACAUCUGAUCUGAGCAACACUGGGCAGAAAGACAUUCUCAAGUAACCAGCAUCUGUUGUGAGCUUCAACAUGAAGUGUCCAUGAAAUUGUCUAAUAUAGUGGCUGACACCAUUACGCACAGCUCUGCACAGCCUGGAGUGAAUCACUCUGUACAGACCCCUUCAGACUAAGCCCUGGGCAGACAGUAAAUUUAGGUUACCAUUAAUUAGAUAGCUGAUGGAUUGCAUCUGAUCUCAUUGAUCCUUACAUCACAAGCUCCCUCUCUGUCCUCUUAACUAUUCCUCUGUCUCCUCCACUGCCCUCAUGCUCUGCCCCUUGCCCCUUGCCUCAUGUCAACCCUUCCCCCACUCACCCGGCUCUAAUUCUUGAUUUUGUUUCUCUUGAGUAUUUUCUAUAAUGAAUGUUGCCAUCUGUGGUGCAGAUGGAUUUGCAGUUGAUGACAAUGGAAUUUGCUCUGUGGUAUUACAGUCUGUCAGCUGACAGAAUUUCACAAGAAUAUGCAGUCCCUCCCCACCUGCUUAGAAUUAAUCAUGCUCAGUGAUGGUGUUCAAGAAGUUUGAACAGUAUUGAUGUUCAAAACUGUUCACAGCAUGUGUGACUUGACAGUAUGUUACCACAGCAUCCUUCCUGCCCUGCACUCUGCUAUUUCCCCAGCAACCAUACACUGAUCCCUUUCGCCUUUCACCUUCCCCAUCCAAACCACUGAAAGGGUAUAAUUGUGAAUGAGAUAGUGUGGCCUCUGGCAUAGGAUGUGAGGAACCUGAGUCUUGGUGCUUGGAUUUGAGAGGGUGGAGUUGUCACUGCUGUCAAAUGCUCGAGGAUGGGGUGGGGAAUGGGUCACAUUACAGAUGAUCAGGAUCAGAUAUAAAAAAGUGUGUGAAAAGUGGGGCAGAUACAUCUGGAAACGACCUCUGCCUUCUCUUUAACUUGAUCUGUGCUUCUCAUUAUCAGUGACUAAUGGACUUAUGUAUCAAUGUUAAUCCUAGGAAAUGCUCAUUGAACUAAUGUUCCUUCUCAACUAUACAACCAACAUUACAUUUUAAUGAAUCAACAUUCGUAUGUUUCAGUCUGCCUCAGAAUGAAGAUUCUAUCACUAUAUUACAGCUGCUCAAUGAUACUGGUGAAUAUAUAGAUUAGGCCAUCCUUAACAUCCAGAACUCACCUUCAAACUGAAUUUAAAUGCCUACAAUGAAGGAAAUCUUCACAUUAUGAUAGUGUCCACUACUGUGAAAGGGCAGGAUCUGAGCAGUGGUAAAGGAGCUAUCAGACCAAAACAAGAUGUUGUGGUUGCCAGAAUUCUUAAAUAAUAAUGACAAAUGCUUUAGAAACACAGGUCUGACUGCCUCAUUGGAGAGAGAGACAGUUAAAGUUUGGAGUCUAAUGUGAUCCUCUUCAUAUUACACUGUCCUGUUUCUCCAUCCGUAGAUGCUGUCAGACCUGCUGAAUUUCUUCAGCACUUUAUUUUUUUUAGUGGUUUAGAGGCAGUUCCACUCCAUCUGUCCUUGUGCUCUACCUGUCUUGGGAGUGUUUAAUGGGAACAGUGUAAAAGGAGCUUUACUCUGCAGCUGACCUCGUACUGAAAGUGUACUGGGAGUGUUUGGGAACAGUGUCAAGGGAAGAAAAACAGUGCUAGAAAAAUUUGGUAGGUCUGUCAAUAUUUGUUGACAGAGAAAAACAGUUAACAUUUCAAGUCUGCUGAUCCUCUGUCAGAAUUGAGUAGUAGAGGGAGGCUUACUCUAUCUAACCCUUUGCUGUACCUGUCCUGGAAGUGCUGAUGGGCAGUGUGGAGAGAUAGCAGUGUGGACUGGAGGAACACAGCAGGCCAGGCAGCAUCAGAGGAGCAGGAAAGCUGACGUUUCAGG